AUGAAUAAUCAGGCACAGCAGGUCCAACCUCAACAUGUUCAUCCUCACUAUACCUUACCUGGUAUCAUGCAUUAUCUUCAAACAGAAUUUACUAAAAAUGAAAGGGAUAGAAUAUCCUGGGAGCUUGAAAAAUUUGAAAUGAAAUCAAGAAUAGCCCAACUAGAAGGUGAAAACAGAGACUUGCGUUAUAAAUUAUCGAAAUUAAAUGUAUUGAAUAAUAAUCAUAAGUCAACUAACGAUGUUGAAAAUGAAAAAACAUUAGAUGAAGCUCAGGUUUUUACUAAUUCAAGAUUAGCAGUUCAAGAAAACGUUAAAGAAAUUAUUUAUUUAUUAAAAAAUACAAAUAUCGAUGUUUUAAACAAUGUUAAUAUUGAUUCAAGGGAAAAAUUGCAUAAUUUACAAUCGUUAAAUGCUACCUCAUCUGUGGAUCAGAAAAUGGUAGCAAACCAAGAGCUUACCCCUAGUUUCCAUGAACUUUUAUCAGAUUCUUCAAUUGAAAAUAUUAAACUUUUAAAAGUAUCAAGUGAUAAUUCGAUCAUUAUUUCAGGAGAUAAUUCGAUCGAAAAAUUCAAUAUUGAUCCAAAUAAUUUUGGUAAAUCAAAUCGUAUGUUAUACACUGGGGUUUCCUCAAAUCUUAUUGACGUUUAUGCUGCGAAUAAUAAUAUCAUAUCAUUAGAUGAUACAAAUAUCAAGACAUGGUUAGUGAAUCAUCAAGAUAUUAGUAGCACAUACGAUUUAUUGAGCUCAGACAAUACUGAAAUAGAUUUGAAAUUAGUAAGAGAUGUCGAUUUUAAAAAUAAUUGGUUGUUAUUGACAACAAAUGAAAAAAUACAUAUUUGGAAGAUAUUAUUACCGCAAGAAGAUAAAAAAAAUGAGAUUACAAUUGAAACAAAACAACAGAUUGAUAAAGAGUCAGAGAACAGAACAAUAUUAAGUGCUUCAUAUGGUAUUACAGAAAAAUCAAUUGUCGUUUUCUAUAACAAUCCUUUUGAAUUGAUAAUUUAUAAUUUCCAAGGUACAAUUUUACAAAAAAUUGAUUUGUCUAAUUCAAUUGAUAUUACUAGUGUGAAACCAGAUUUAUCAGAUGUCUUCAUAAAACUCCAUUUAAACAAAGAUAGUUCUAAAUUACUACUGCAAUUGGAUAACUUGAUAGUUUGUUAUUCAUUUGAUCAAAGACAAGUUGUACUAAGGUAUACAUUACCUUCAAUUCCUGACGCUAUCUCAUACAAAUUUAUAAAAGAUAUUAUAGCAAUAUCAUACCAAGAUGGUACAAUGGAAGUAAGGAAAUUAUCAAAUUUCAAUAAUAUAAUUAAGGAAUAUAAAUCAAAAACUGCACCUUCUACCACUCAUCAUUUAUUGGAAUUGUUCAUUGUUAAUAACAUCCCAUUUCUAGCAUCCGCAACUAAUAACAAUAAAAUCACUCUACAUAAGCUACCAGCAGCACUAUGA